ACGCGGCUGACGUCACGCCGGUGUCAUGGCGCCCCGGCGUCCCGCCGAGCUGUACCGGGCGCCGUUCCCGCUCUACACCGUCCGCCUGCACCCGCGGCGGCCGCUCGCCAUCACCGCCGGGGGCGGAGGCGCCGCCAAGACCGGCAUCCGCAAUGGCGUGCACUUCCUGCAGCUGGAGCAGAUCGGCGGCCGGCUCAGCGCCUCGCUGCUGCACUGCCACGACACCGAGACCCGCGCCACCAUGACCAUGGCGCUGGCCGGGGACGUCAUCGCCGCCGGGCAGGACAACAGCUGCCACAUCCUGCGCUUCAGCCUGCAGGAGCCCGAGGCGCCGGGCACCGCCGGCAAGGACGGUGAGGCACCGCUUCGCCGGCUCCGGUGCGGGGCGCCUGCCCCGGGGCUGUGCUCUGCUUUGGGGAUGGCCCGGAAUGCCCCUCCCGCCUGCCCGGGAUGCUGUGGGGGGGCUGAAGGGUGUUGUGGAGAUAAGGCAUUCUGUGAACGACCCCGUGCCCACCCUGGAGCUCCCUCCGUGCCUGCCCUGAAUGCCCUCCCCUUGCCUGCCUUGGUGCCAUGGGGCAGGAUGUGGGGGUCUGGGCUGCAUCCCACGUGCCCCAUCCUCCCGCUGUGCCCCUCUCCCCUGCGCAGGUUCGGGGCCGUGGAGGGCAGUGCUGGGGCUCUGCGGCUCUACACGGUGCAGGUGCCCCACAAGCGGGAACGCCGCCCCCCGCCCUGCUACCUGACCAAGUGGGAUGGGAAAAGCUUCCUGCCGCUGCUGACGCGGCCCUGCGGCUCCGAGGUUGUCUCCUGCCUCUCCAUCAGUGAUUCAGGCACCUUCCUGGGGCUGGGCACAGUCACCGGCUCCGUGGCCAUCCACAUUGCCUUCUCACUGCAGAGGCUGUACUACGUGAAGGAGGCCCACGGCAUCGUGGUGACGGAUGUGGCCUUCGUCCCCGAGAGCCGACCCGGCCGGGAGCUGCUGGGGGGCCACGAGGCCGCCCUGCUCAGCGUGGCCGUGGACAGCCGCUGCAAACUGCACCUGCUGCCCACCCGCCGCUCCCUCCCCAUCUGGCUGCUGCUGCUGCUCUGUGCCGGGCUCAUCGUGGCCACCAUCCUGCUGCUGCAGCUCGCCUUCCCAGGCUUCCUGUAGCCCCCGGAGGGACCCCCUGGCACCAGGAGCGACCCCCCAGCCUCCACCUACCCCAGACAGACUGUGAAGGACACGAGGGACCAGCCCUGGCCCCGCUGUCCCCGCUGGCGCUCGGGGAGCAGAUGCGGGUCCAGGGAGCCACGCAGGGCGCCGUCCCUGCGGGACUGUGCUGGCAGCAGUGCGGGGCUGGCCCCGGGACAGGGGCGUCUCCACCCCAGGAGAGGAGGGUCCUGCUGCCCCCCGCCCUGCUGCUGCCAUUAAACUGGAGCAUGAAGGCA